AUGGCCAAUAAUGGUGAUGAGGGCAAUAUUAGUGAUGCAGCCAAUAAUGGUGAUGAGGGCAACAAUGGUGAUGUGGGCAAUAAUGGUGAUGUGGGCAACAAUAGUGAUGAAGCCAAUAAUAGUGAUGAGGGCAAUAAUGGUGAUGAGGGCAAUAAUGGUGAUGAGGGCAAUAAUGGUGAUGAGGGCAAUAAUGGUGAUGUGGGCAAUAAUGGUGAUGAGGGCAAUAAUGGUGAUGAGGGCAACAAUGGUGAUGUGGGUAAUAAUGGUGAUGAGGGCAAUAAUGGUGAUGAGGGCAAUAAUAAUGAUGAGUGCAACAAUGGUGAUGGCAAUAAUGAUGAUGAUGAUGCAGACAAUAAUGGUGAUGAGGGCAAUAACAGUGCUGAGAAUUAA